AAAAAUUAUGUUAACUUCGUCUAUUGUGAGUGUCGAUUCUAGCAAAGUAUAUAAACCAAAAGCCAGUCAAGUUGGGUUACUCUCUACUGCCAUUAGCAAACUUGGCGAUUCAAGCUUUGUAUCAAAAAGCAGAGAGUCCACAAACAUGUCUCCUGUUAGAAUGAGAUUAUUUAGGGAUUCCUCACCUAAAUAAACCAAGGGAUUACAAGGAGUAGUUGUUGGAGAAUAUCAGUAAGAUUAUUAAAUAAAUAUUUUAGUGCUUUGACACCAACUCAUAUUGUGUUUAGUAGCAUACAUAAAAGUACCUCCCCUCUGAGAUCUGGUAGAAAUUAUAACGAGUCGCCACAAAGAGCAAAGGUAAGAUUAGAUAGAUUCAAAAAUUGGGACUCAAAGUUAGGAUUAGAACUCCAAAUAUAAAAUACCAAAUUCACACGUCUCAAUAAUGAAUUAACCUAUUUAAGCCAUUAACCCCAUCAUCAGACCACAAAAUCAGCUAUUUUCUUAGGCAGCAAUUUAAGUAGAUUAGGUGUUGGUGGAAACUAAAGUGAUAUUAGAGUUUUGACAGCCAAAUUGAAUGCCAUUCCACCCUCAUAAAUUGGAACUUUCACUGCAGGGUAAGGAUUAUUAUAUUAUAUUUUAUAGUCAUUCUCAUGAGUUGUCUUCAUUGCAAUAAUCGCUAAGCAGAAUAAUGAAAUCGAGCCGACAGUAUUGAACAAAAU